CGGCAGCAACCUUUCUUCAAAUAACAUCGUCCCGAUUUACAUAUCCCCCCAUCAUACACAAUGGCGUUUGCGUGGAAAGCCUCAGGUCUCACGUAUGUAAUCCUGGUUCUGCAAUCAACUUGUAACUCUCUUGCCCGGCGCGAUGAAGGCACUGAGCGCUGUGCUCGGGGAAGACUUUUACUGAUUUAGUUUUCUUACCUAUAGCUAUAACAAAUACUUGUCCGUCGCUGCACGAACUCUUCGAAGAAGUUUGAAAGAUGACAAACGAUUGGCUGCUGAGCGUAGAGGGGAGAUGGAGUUGAGAUUCGCCAAGUGGACUGUGGGUGACUCCUAGAGACUCUCGGAACAAAUUGAGGCAGAUUUGGCUAACGAGAAUGCUGGAACAGAAUGGCAAGCAAGGCGAUGUGAAGAACGUAUCGGAGGCCAACGCGGCAUCGAUGGCAGAAGCUGCUUCAUCAUCAUCAUCUUAAAUAUGGAAAAUGACACUUUUGACGGCUAGGGAUGUGGGCAGGAAAGAGCUGUGCGAUGAAUGAAUGGCAGCGCGGACUUGUAAAUUUUUAGCAUUCGAGACUUUGGGGCCAAGAGAAUGGAGAAUUCAUAUCAUUCUCGCCACCUUUUCCGGGACUUCAUCUUAUAUUCUGAGUGGCACUAUCUGGAUGACUUGACGGUCCCAAGGAAAGUCUACAAUAACCUUGUUCGUGUAUUCCUACAUUGAAAUGUCCAAACUCCCAUAAAAAUCUUUCAGCGAUAUCAGUAGAUGGCAAAUUAUAUGAUUUGAGGCUUAGAAUGUACUCG